AUGUCCACGACAGCCACAGUGACCGAAGCCGGCCAACAAAAAGUGGUCGUCACUACUCCCGAGGCACCCUCCUCCGUCUCCAACAACCCCAACAUCCUCCCCGCAGCAGAAGACAAGGUUUUCCAAGCCGUUGCUCGCGGUGACCGCGCCGGAAAGCUCAAGCUACGAGGUAUCCCGACCUUCUCUGACCCGUAUGCCGAACGCCAAUGGAUCAAGGAGCACAUGGCUGCUGCGUUCCGGUAUUUCGGGAAGGAGGGGUUCAAUGAGGGGAUCUCGGGGCACAUUUCUGUCCGAGACCCCGUGUUGAAGGACCACUUCUGGAUGAACCCCUUCGCGAAACACUUCAGCGCCAUGAACGCCUCUGAUCUCGUCCUGGUCGACGCAGACGGGUACGUGACGGAAGGCGGCGCGCAACUGCCCAUCAACGAGGCUGGGUUCAUGAUCCAUUCCGAGAUCCACAAGGCUCGUCCUGAUGUAAUGGCCGCGGCGCAUACGCAUGGCGUCUAUGGUAAGACGUGGAGUGUUUUUGGGAAGCCAGUUGAGAUGCUUUCGCAGGACGCCUGCAACUUCUACGGAAAAUUAAGUGUCUACGAGGACCACGGCGGCGUUGCCCUGGCGGUGGAUGAAGGACGCCAGAUUGCUCGGGCACUAGGAAAGGAUAACAUUGCCUGUAUCCUUCAAAAUCAUGGACUCCUCACAGUCGGCCAGACAGUCGACGAGGCAGCCUGGCUCUUUGCAAGCCUUGACCACGCCUGUCACUCGCAGCUGAUGGCCGAAGCGGCGGCGGCAAAUGGAAUCGCGAAGAAGAUUAUCCCUGCCAACGUUGCGCAGUAUACAGCUGACGCGGCGCAGAACCCACAUAACUUCUACACAGAGUUUCAACCGGAGUUUGAUCUGAUUGUUGAGGAGAGUAAUGGAAGGGUUCUGCAGUAG